UUUCGCGCACCACGACAAUACCGCCAAAAUGGGUAAGAGAGGUAUUAUCAAGCAUCAGAAGCGUCUGUCAGCGCCGUCACAUUGGCUGCUCGACAAGCUCAGCGGUACCUAUGCGCCCAAGGCCAGCGCCGGUCCGCACAAGCUGAGGGAUUGCAUGCCGCUCAUUGUCUUUAUUCGGAAUCGCCUAAAGUACGCCCUUAACACCCGCGAAACGAAGGCGAUCGUCAUGCAGCGCCUCAUCCAAGUCGACGGCAAAGUCCGCACCGACCCCAACUACCCAGCCGGCUACAUGGACGUCAUCACCAUCGAGAAGACCGGCGAGAACUUCCGCCUCGUCUACGACACCAAGGGACGCUUCACCGUACACCGCAUCACAGAAGAAGAGGGCGGUUACAAGCUGGGCAAGGUGAAGAGGGUUCAGCUGGGCAAGGGCGGCAUUCCAUUCUUGGUUACGCAUGAUGCUCGCACCAUCCGUUACCCGGACCCGGCGAUCAAGGUAAACGAUACGGUCAAGAUCGAUCUCGCUACGGGUAAGAUCACCGACUUCGUCCACUUCGACACUGGUGUCAUCGCCAUGGCCACUGGUGGUCGCAACAUGGGCCGUGUCGGCGUCAUCACCCACCGUGAGCGCCACGACGGAGGUUUCAACGUCGUCCACAUCAAGGAUGCCAUUGACAAUGAGUUCGCCACCCGCGAGAGCAACGUCUUCGUUAUCGGACGUGAGAAGCCGUGGAUCUCCUUGCCGAAGGGCAAGGGUGUCAAGCUGAGCAUUGCAGAGGAGAGAGAUCGCAGGAGAGCGUACGCGCUUGCUGGUCACUAAGCGUGCCCGAGCGAAGUGCGUACUGUCGUGGGUAUGUAGGAAUGGAGUGGGGCGUCGUGGCUUUGUGGGUGUCUAGCCGCAGACGUUGGCGCUGGUUGCUUCGAGCAUUAUGUUAUUCUGCUGAGCUUAAAGCACAAGCUAUGCAGCUUUCGGCCGUAGCGUCACAUGAGAACAAUGCGAUCGGGCCCGACUGCCAGAUCCAAAGCCAUUCGAAUUAUAACUCAGAGGCAAAUUCCAAAGUACUAAUAUAUGUUUCUUGUCAAUGCCUAAACAGCACAAGACGUCGAAGGGUUGUAUCGUGCAACACGGCGACCACAUCGUUGGUCAUAACAACCUUUGAAAUCAGGGUGUUGGAGGCAGUAGAUAGCUGCGCC